GCUUUCCAGACACUAACUGCACUAGAGACUAAAAUCUUGAUAUUAUAUGGAUAUAACUCAUCAGACCUGUGGUGAUCCAUUAGAGAAGUCCUUUAUGAAACCUUCAAUGGAAAAACUCGUAGAAGAUCAAUACCACAAGGAAGAGACGGUGUCAACCACAUUAGUGAGCAAUGGUUGUGUUGAUAUUAGAGGUAGAAUUGCAGACAAGAGAUAUACUGGAGGAUGGAAGGCCUCUCCAUUUAUAAUAGUGAAUGAGGUGGCAGAGAGAUUAGCAUUUUUUGCAAUAGCUGUGAAUAUGGUUGCUUAUUUGGCCGGUGAAAUGCGACAAUCUCUUCCAAAUGCUAUUACUCAUGUGACGGAUUGGAUUGGAGCUGCCUACGUCCUCACUAUUCUUGGAGCAUUUCUAGCUGAUGCUUAUCUGGGUCGAUUCAAGACCAUCAUUCUCUUCUCUUGCGUCUAUGCAGUGGGGAUGGUGUUAUUGACACUCUCAGCCUCCAUAGACAGUCUCCGUCCACCACCAUGCAAGGCUAACGAACUAUGCAAGAAAGCAACCGAUGGCCAAAACGCAUACCUCAUCUGUGCGCUGGGCCUCAUAGCCCUUGGUACAGGUGGGAUCAAGCCAUGCGUCUCAUCAUUUGGGGCAGAUCAAUUCGACGAGGCAGACGAGAAAGAGGUGCCCAAGAAAUUUGCAUUCUUUAAUUGGUUCUUCUUUGCCAUAAACAUGGGAGCGCUAUUGGGUAUAACACUUAUGGUUUACAUAAAAGAAGAGAAGGGAUGGGGCUGGGGAUUUGGAGUGCCUACUGGUGCCAUGAUUGUUUCAAUCUUUAUACUGGCUGCUGGGGUACCUUAUUAUCGUUUCCAAAAGCCUAUGGGAAGCCCUUUCACCAGGUUUCUUCAAGUCAUGGUUGCUUCUUUAACAAAUCAUUUUAGAGGAGUUAAGGUUGGAAGUGAAGUGCAGCUCUAUGAGGUUCAAAGUGAGAAAUCUGAUAUAGAGGGAGCCCGAAAAUUAUGCCACACCAGACAAUUUAAGUUCUUGGAUAAGGCAGCGGUUGUAACAGACCCAGAAACCAACACUAUGAAUCGAUGGAAACUCUGCACGGUAACACAAGUUGAAGAAUUCAAGUGCCUAAUCAGAAUCCUUCCCGUUUGGGCAUCAACCAUUGCCCUUUCCAUCUCCUUUACUCAACUGGCAACAUUCUUCACCAGCCAGGCCCUCAUAAUGGACCGAAAAUUCGGUUCUAACUUCGUUAUCCCUGCAGGAUCCGUCACUGUUUUCAGUGCCAUUAAUGCCCUAAUUCUCGUACCCAUUUAUGAAAAAUACGUAGUUCCAAUCAUUCGUAAAUACACCAACCACCGCCGUGGCAUUACAUCAUUGCAACGCAUGGGUGUUGGCCUAUUUGUUUCAAUAUUUGCCCUAGCAUCUGCUGCUUUGGUAGAGAAAAAAAGACGCGAUAGUUCUAGCCCAUCAGAUAUGAGUGUUUUCUGGUUGUUUCCACAAUAUUUCUUGGUAGGAACUGCAGAAGUAUUCACUUAUGUAGGGCAAUUAGAGUUUUUCUACGAUGAAGCAACUGAUGGUACGAGAAGUAUUAGUAGUGCAUUGUUUCUUACGGAACUUGGAAUUGGAAGCUGGUUAAGUACUGCAAUUGUUAAGAUUAUUGAAAGAACAACGGGCGGACAAGAGACAGGAUGGUUAAGGGAUAAUCUUAACGAAAGUAGACUUGAUCAUUUUUACUGGAUAUUGACUGCCAUUAAUGGGUUAAAUUUCCUGGUUUAUUUAUGGGUCGCCCGGCAAUACAUGGGCAGGAAUGGUGCAAGUGGCAGCGUCAUAGAUGAGUCCACGAUUGAUAAGAUGAGCAUCCAUGAUGAAGAAUUGAAAAGAGAUGAUAAUAAAGGUGAGUUUCAAAGCAUGGCCUUCUAGACAAAGGAAAAUAAUAUUGUUCAUUAUAAUUCGAUAAUUUGCAUAAUUUAUUUAUUUUAUUUCUAAAAGGAUAAUGUUUAUUUACUUGUUUGACAAUUCAAUGUUAUGCAAAUUUUCUAAUGUGAAAGAACUUUUGUUUGUAAUUCAGAUUCAAAAACAAUCCG